AUGCCUCUAUUACCCACCACCAACCCCAACCACACCAAAGACCCCCCCGAAUCCUCCACCAUCGAAGACAUCGCCCUCACCCUCAAGCCGUCACACAACAACGAUCCCAUCGACCCUGUCGCCGAAAAGCGCCUUCUCUGGAAAUGCGACCUCCAUGUCGUCCCGAUCCUCACGCUCCUCUUCAUGUUCGCCUUCCUCGACCGCAUCAACAUCGGGAACGCCAGAUUGAUGGGCCUCGAAGCGGAUCUGGGCAUGUCUGGCCACCAGUACAACGUGGCGCUGUUUGUCUUCUUUAUUCCGUACAUCCUCUUCGAGGUGCCGAGUAAUAUGCUGCUGAAGAGGAUGAGGCCGUCGUGGUGGUUGAGUGGGAUUAUUUGUGGAUGGGGCAUUGUGACGAUCUGUCAAGGUGUCACGCGUAGUUUUGCCGGUCUGGUUGUCUGUCGGGUUAUUAUUGGGUUAUUGGAGGCUGGGUUCAUGCCGGGCUGCGUCUAUCUCAUCAACAUGUACUACCGUCGUCAUGAACUCCAAUGGCGUCUGAACGUCUUCUUCAGCGCAAGUAUCUGUGCUGGUGCGGUUAGCGGCCUCCUCGCCUACGCCAUCAACAACAUGGACGGCAUAGCCGGAUACAGCGGCUGGCGCUGGAUCUUCAUCAUCGAAGGCCUCGCCACCGUCGUCCUCGCCAUCACCGCCAAGUUCAUCAUCGUCGAUUGGCCCGAGUCAGCCACGUUCUUGACAGAGACUGAGCGUGCUCUCCUGAUUCGUCGUUUGGCGGAGGAUCAGGGCGCGGCGAGGAUGAAUCGGUUGGAUCGGAAGUCGUUGAAGAGGGUGUUUUCGGAUCCGAAGGUGUAUCUUGGUCCCAUCAUGUAUUUCGGCAUCGUCAACACCGGCUACGCAGUCUCGUUCUUCGCACCCACUAUCCUCCACCAGAUGGGUUGGACAGCCGUCCGCGCUCAAGUCAUGAGCAUCCCGAUCUACGCCAUCGCGAUGGUAACCACGCUAACAGCCGCAUGGGUCAGCGACCGCCUCCGCCACCGAUACGCCUUCACACUCGCGGGCUGUCUCGUCGCCACGACAGGCUACGUGAUCCUGCUCUGCCAGACCCGCGUACCCGUCGGGGCGCGGUACUUCGCAUUGGUAGCCAUCACGGGUGGCGGGUACCUGACGCAACCAAUCCUGAUGGGCUGGUUGAGCAAUAAUAUGGCGGGUCACUAUAAGCAGUCGGUGGCGUCGGCGAUGCAGAUCGGGCUUGGGAACUGUGGGGGUCUCGUUGCGAGUAAUAUCUUCUAUCAGGAGGAGGCGCCGGCGUAUACCACUGGGUAUGGGGUCAGUUUGGGGAUGACGUGGAUUUGUGGGAUCGCGUGUGCGGUGUUUUUGGCGUAUUUGGUGAGGGAGAAUCGGUUGAGGAUGGGUGGGGGGAGGGAUUAUCGGUAUAGUUUGCCGAGGGAAGAGGUGGAGAAUUUGGGUGAUGGGUAUCCGGCGUUUCGGUUUACUUAUUAG